GCCGCCGUAAUCGGCGAACUUCAAGGCGAUCGAAUCGCGCUGUCGCGUCCCUCGGCACGCUUAACCGCGUACGAACCAGGUACCGAAGUCUUUUCCUUCCGCUGACGCUCCUCCGGUCGUGCUGCCGACCAUGCUAAGUGUUCACGGAAAGUCGCGCGAAUCACAUCGCGGGUGGUAUACACGCACUUAGUUAAGAACCAAGGCGGUUCGAGCACUUUGCGGCUCUUCGUGAAGCCCGAGCGCGAGUGCAACCUCUGUGAAAGGCGAUCCACCGCGCGCGCGGCUGCGGCGGCUCAUCGUCGCGACGUACGUCCGCUUUAUUGAUACUGCGAGUGUCACAGGCCCUGCGGCGCCUAUGCAUAUCUCCAGAAUUUGGACUGUGUUCUAGAAUACAUUAAAGAUAAAGUACUUGGUUAUAUUGAGUUGGUACACUAAAUAGCCAUCAUGUCUGAAAUAAUAUACCCGCAAGGGUGUAGAUCGGUCACUGAAGAUUUAGGUCCGGACGAGCUGAUUAGGAGACUCAAGACAUUGGCACACACGCUGCAAGCUAUGGGACAAGACGAGGGAAUGUACCAGCAAUAUAUACCGCUGGCAUUGCAUUUGGCAGAGGAACACUUCCUGAUGCAUCAGAGCAAAGAUGUACAACUUCUAAUUGCUUGUUGCAUUGCUGAUGUUUUAAGAGUUUAUGCACCAGAGGCUCCUUACAAAGAUGCCGAUCAGGUCAAAACAAUAUUCCUGUUUCUUAUUAAACAACUGGCAGGCUUAAAAGAUCCUAAAGAUCCUGCUUUUAAGAGGUACUUUUAUCUACUUGAAAAUUUAGCUUAUGUUAAAUCAUUUAACAUGUGCUUCGAACUAGAGGAUUGCCAAGAGAUAUUCUGUGCAUUAUUUUCUCUCAUGUUCAGAAUUGUCAAUGAUGAACACUCUGGAAAAGUUAAGAGCUUCAUGCUAGAUGUUUUGUGCCCACUUAUUACCGAAUCAGACAUUGUCAGUAAUGAACUUCUGGAUAUCAUACUCAUGAAUAUUGUAGAACCGAACAAAACGCAGAAGAAGAACGCAUAUGCGCUUGCUAAAGAGCUUGUAAUCAAAUGUAGUGAUACAUUAGAACCAUACAUUCAAGCGUUUUUCAAUCAUGUCUUGAUAUUGGGCAAGGAGGAGAAAAGCUUGCAAAUUUGCAAGAAAGUAUACGAUCUGAUUUACGAGUUAAAUCAUAUAUGCCCGAGUGUCUUGUUAUCCGUCCUCCCGCAACUAGAAUGUAAAUUGAAAUCCUCCUCUGAAAGCGAGAGAUUGGGUGCCGUGGCGUUGCUGGCGAGAAUGUUCUCUGAAAAAGGCUCGCAAUUAGCCACACAGCAUACGCAGUUAUGGAGGGCGUUUUUGGGACGUUUUAACGAUAUCAGUGUGUCUAUUCGUAUUAAAUGUGUGCAGUAUUCGAUGCAUUUCUUGCUAAAUCAUCCUGAAUUGAGAAAGGAUAUCACAGAUACCUUAAAACUGAGACAACAUGACGCCGAUGAGAGCGUCCGUUACGAAGUCGUUAUGGCUAUAGUGACGACUGCCAGACGAGACUUUGAAGUUGUAUCGGACAGUGAAGAUCUACUCGAAUUUGUUAAAGAAAGGACUUUGGAUAAAAAAUUUAAAAUACGGAAAGAGGCGAUGUCUGGCUUAGCUAUGAUCUACAAAAAACAUUUAAACGAUGCCGACGUGCCGCAAGCCACAAAGAAAGCAGUUAUCUGGAUUAAAGAUAAGAUAUUGCAUGGUUAUUACAUGGCGGGUAUGGAAGACAGAUUGCUGGUGGAAAGAUUGCUUAAUACGUGCCUAGUACCUUAUCAGUUACCAGCUGAAGAGAGAAUGAAGAAAUUGUACCAUCUCUUAGGUACAAUUGACGAUCAUGCUUCUAAAGCGUUUGUGGAACUUCAGAAGCAUCAACUUGCGGUACGAAGGGCAGUAGUUGAAUGGCUUGACAUUGUAAAAAAACCAGAUGCGAAAAAUGAGCUAAUGACGAAGGUUCAUCAAAUAUCGCGCUUUCUGCCAGAUCCUAUGAAAGUACAGGAGUUUCUUCAAAAGUUUAGCGGUCAUAUGAAAAAAGACAACAGAUUGUUACAGGAAAUGGAAACGAUUGUACAACCAAAUGUCUCCUGCAAAGAAUGCGCUGAUACAAUAACCAAGGUUCUUAAGAAAUUAGGACAACCUGUUAUGACCAAUCUAUAUUAUAAUACAAUUAAAAUGCUGCUUGAAAGAGUAAGCUCUGUCAUGAUUGAUGAAGAAGCAAUUCGGGUCUUGAUCGGAUACGUCUUAGACUGUUUGAAAGGAGGGAAUGUAAUAGAAGAAGUUGGUCUUAAUCCAAAUAAUGCUGGGGAGAAAGGAUUGAGACUCUUAGUGAUGCUGUCAUUCGUAUUUGGUCCACAUUUCCUCCAUAAUGAUAUUUUGAUGCAAUUGGUCAAUUUACUUGAACUAGAGGACGAAAUGGUUGCACCAUUAGUUCUCUCCAUUUUUACGUUCCUGGGAAAAUAUAAACCAUUAUGUGACGUAGCGCCGGAUAUCAUGAAUCUUAUGGUGCCGAUAUGCAAGAAUUUCGCUGAGACGGGGACGCCAAAGCAGGCAAAGCAAGCUGUGAGAUGUUUAUUCGUCAACAUGACUAAUAUUCACGACACUAUUUUCCCUGAGAUUAUCGAAAGAAUUAAGAACACGCUGACGCCGACGUCGGAAUAUUAUAGGACGUCUAUAGUUACAUUAGGUCAUAUAGCGUACAAUUUGCCAGACAAAUAUCAAGUACAAAUAAAAAAUAUGGUGUCCAGAAAAAUAGUUAAAGAAUUACUAGUGAAAGAGAGCAGUGAACAAACCUCUGAGGCUAUCGAAGGAGAUUGGUGUAGAGAGGAUCAAUUACCAGAAGAGACACGAUGCAGAUUGGAAGGCUUGAAGUGCAUGGCGCGUUGGCUAUUAGGAUUGAAGACUGAUGUAUUGUCAGCACAAAAGACAUUUAGAAUGCUGAAUGCUUUUAUGGUCAACAAGGGUGAUUUGUUAUCACAGGGACGUUUGAGCAAAGCUGAAAUGAGCUGGUUGCGAUUACAAGCGGGUUGUUCGAUGUUGAAAAUUUGCGAACAGAAAGGCGUUGGCGAUCAAUUCACUGCAGAACAAUUUUAUAAUCUUUCACAACUCAUGGUGGAUGAAGUUUCUCAAGUUAGAGAAGCUUUUGGUGGUAAACUGCACAAGGGUCUUGGAAGAGGAAUUCCAAACAAAUGUUUACCAUUGGAUUUCAUGGGAUAUUAUGCUCUGGCUGGUAAAGAACAGGACAAGAGAUUAAAGUGUGUAUUGAAGACGUAUAUGCAGACAGACAUAAAUAAAAGAAGGGAUUAUGUGAAAACUCUUUCACUGGGUACUGUUGAGCGGGCUAUGGAUCAACUACCCCAUAUUCUACCAGAUUACAUGUUAGUUUUUGCCGUACCUAUUCUCGCGCAUGACCCAGAAUUCACGAGUCAUAUAAUGGUGACCCAAUUGAAAGUCAUUCAACAAUGUCUUUGGUUCAUCUUGGAGCCUCUCAUCAUGAAGAACGAAUAUUAUUGCUAUGGAUUUUACAAAAAUCUCGUAGAACGUAUGAAAUGUCACAAAGACGCAUUGAAACCCGAGGACAACGAAACAAAUUAUAAAUUAUGGGCUGUUUGUGACUUGGCAAUGAAUGUAAUAUACACCAGGACUACCAAUUUCGACAUGAAAGAGUUUCCGAGCGAGACACGAAUUCCCGCGAUGUAUUUUAAACGAUCGGACGAAACAUUGCACAAUGAAAAGAAUUACUUACCCGCAGAAUUACAAAUAAACAUGACAAAUCCAAAAGGAAAGGGAUCAUUCCACAAUACACAUACGGUCAAUGAGAGACCACAACGCAAGACUAAAUCCAAACAGAAGGAAGUAGGCAUUGGACCUAAUGAGACAGAUGCAAGGCUGCAAGUUGGAGAAAUGGAAUGUAUUGAUGCACAGCCUGCAGAAGCAUCAGAAACCAGGAUUCAGCUUCCUGGUUUAGAAGAAGAGAUUGAAGAACCACCCGCGAAGAGGGCAUUAAGGGAAUCAGAUAAAGUAAACAAAUAAUUCAGUGAUCGGACUAUACCCGAGGGGAACAUUGGGAUGGGGAGAGAUUUAAAGAACAUGAUGAUAAGAAAAUUAAAGAAUCUAAAAGAUACUUUACAAAUUAGAAACAGAAUAUUUUGGUUAUGUAUAACAAUUAAUAAACCUAAGUCGUUCGUGUAUUUCUAGAGUGUAAGAGAUAUUAAGAUUAUGACAGUGACGUCAAGCUUAUAAUGCAAAGAGUUCUCUCGACUUGCAACUUGUGUGAACAAAAAAGAAAAAAAGAAAUAGAACGAAUUCUUCAUAAAUAUAUAUGGCUCCGUAAAUGUUUAUUUUGUUGACAACAAAUAAUAUUACAUAUUUGUAUUUCUUGUUAUUUUUACUGAAUGAUAAAACGUAUUAAGUAAUUUAUGAUAGUAACAAUUGUAACAAAAAAUUUUUCUUCAAACGGCCCAUACAUAGCCAGAAUGAAAAUUUUUUGUAAAUUUUAUAAUGAAAUUUUCUUGGAUCGAAGUUCUUAGUAUGUGACCAUUAUUCAUCUUUGCACUAUGCAUCAAUGUUUUUUGUAUCUCUAUUUCGCGAACGUCUAAUAAAUGAUAUCACAAGAUAUUUUGUUGAAAAAUAGCAUCGGUUUAAAUAAACAAGUAUAUAUAAAACAAUAUUGUCAACAUACUUUAUUAAUAAAUGAAUAAAAUGAAAACUUACUUUCUAAAGAGAAAUAUACCCAAAUAUGUUAUACACACGACACACACACACACACACACACACACACACACACACACACACACACACGUGCAUUCAUACAUACAAUUAAAUCGGCACUUUAUAAACAGCAAAGGAAAAUACUAUAAGUUUUGUUGCAUAAACGAUGCAUACUAGAUAAGAAAUUGUGUGUCUAUUGGCUUUGUGAUCCAAAGUUGUUGGUUUUUAAUAUAAUUAUGGCCACACUUUAAUCGCGAUUAUUAUGAUUGAUACACAUUAAGUAUGAUCUAUGUGUAACAAUGAAAAAAAAAAAAUAUUGCGAAAACUUGUGAAAACCUUCAACUUUUGUAUUUAUAAAUAAACAUAAAAUUAAAAUUAUUGCAGAA